UUGUUGUUUUGAUGACGCAAAUUUUGUCUGCUCUUUUAAACUUUUUGUUUAUGUCAGUGAAGUGUCGUGAAGCCGCUAUAAUGUCUUUACUAUUAUGUUCUUUGUUUGUACUAUGUUUUUCUAUUGUUGUCUUUAAACUUUUUCUAAUUUUUAAACGAAUUUUAUGGAAAAGAAAGAAUAAAAAUUGCUUAUCGAUAGGAUUUUUUCAUCCCUACUGUAAUGCUGGCGGAGGAGGCGAGCGUGUAUUGUGGGCUGCUGUUAGAGCUAUCCAGAAACAGUAAUUUUUAAUAUGUUAUUUUACUUCAAAUCAUAUGAAAUACUUUUGAAAACUGGUUCAAAGAUAUGCAAUGUGUUAUCUACUCUGGAGAUGAUGUGAACGAUGACGAGGUGAUAAACAACGUCCAAUUGCGCUUUAACAUUAAACUGAUUAGAGAUGUGAAAAUUAUCCAUUUAAGAAGUCGAGGUUUUGUUGAAGCUAAAUAUUACCCAUAUUUUACAUUACUGCUACAAAGCAUGGGUUCCAUGGUGUUAGGCUUUGAAGCUCUAUCAAAUUUUGUACCAGACAUCUAUAUUGAUACUAUGGGCUAUGCAUUUACUCUGCCGCUUUUUAAAGUUUUGGGUUCAUGCAAAGUUGGGUGUUAUGUACAUUAUCCAACAAUUAGCACUGAUAUGUUAAAAGUAGUUGAAUCCAGGACUAUUGCUGUUAACAACAGAAGGUUUAUAUCAAAUAGUAAAUUUUUUUCACAAUUAAAGUUGAUUUAUUAUAAGCUUUUUGCUUUUAUAUAUGGUGCAGUGGGUAGAUAUUCAGAACUUAUUAUGGUUAACUCAUCUUGGACUAAUGGCCAUAUUUUAAAUCUUUGGCAUAAACCCGAAGCCACGUGUAUUGUAUAUCCACCUUGUGAUGUGACUGAAUUCAACAACAUUCCACUUGAACGUCAUAAAAAUGAGAAAAGAAUGAGGAUUGUAUCGAUUGCCCAGUUUCGCCCCGAAAAAAAUCACCAGCUUCAAUUAAAGAGUUUUCACGAGUUGCUGAAGAGAUUAGGUAAUGUGCCUUACCCGCCUCAGUUGGUUUUAAUUGGAAGCUGUAGACACGAUGAGGACUAUGAAAGAGUGAAACGUCUAAAAGAUAUGUGCAAUGAUUUAGGCAUAUCAGCAAAUGUAGAAUUCAAAAUAAAUGUGACAUUCCAAGAUUUACUUAAUGAAAUGACUAAAUCCAGUGUGGCUUUGCAUACAAUGACAAAUGAGCACUUUGGGAUUGGUGUGGUUGAAUGUAUGUCAGCAGGACUGAUUACCAUUGCUCAUGAUUCUGGAGGACCAAAAAUGGAUAUAAUUUCUACCGCAGAAAAUCAAAGAACUGGGUUUUUAGCUAAUGAUGUUAUUACUUAUGCAGAUGCUUUAGAAAAAGUAUUUAAAACAGGAUACGAUGAUUUGUACAAAAUUAGGUCAGCAGCACGUGAAUCAGUUGACCGUUUUUCAGAUGAAAAAUAUGAAGAAACAUUUCUCUACAUUUUUAAACUCCUAUGUGUAUGACAACAACUUUCACUCAACAGUGGUGAAGCAAAUUAAUUUCGCGACUUAAUUCUGAAGAGACUAAAUGUUGUCUUCAAUAUGUGAUUUAGUUAAUUAUAAACAGAUUACAGUGUCUUGUUAACCCUUUGAAGCAGAAUUUUUAUUGAACAUAUUUUUCAUACUUUUUACAUUAUUUUGUAUAAAUUCAGAUAAAAAAAAAGUUAAAAAUGUUAUAUUUAGUAUUUUAAUGAUUUAUGGUUAUGAAAUACAUCAUAACUCUCACUUUUUUUUAAAGGCAUUUUUAUUUGGAUCUGAGAGCAGCAGAUAUUCAAGCUUGAAAUUUUUUUAACUCACAAAAGCAAUUAGUAUUGAUAUAUUUGUGAAUAUGAAUGAAAUUUUUUUUCCAACUACUUUUUCUUGUAUUUAUGAAUAUAAUUCUGAUAAUCUAACAGAUUUUUAUUGAAAACAUUCUAGUUUCAAUGUAUCUUCUCAUGUAGUUAGCUUGAAUUCUAAUAUUACUGUGUUUUUUUUUUUUAUUAAUGUUAGAAUACAAAGAUAACAAUUUCCAUCACUUUUACAUGUGAUAUACUUUGCGUCCCAAAACUGAAUGACAAUUCGAAAAAUUAAUUAGAAGAAAAAUAAAAGGCAAUAGGAAUGUACUGCUUGCUGCAAUUUGCUUAGAAAGCUAGGUAUUUUACAGUCACAAAAUGUAAAAACUUGACUAAGUACAUCUACAGGUGUCACUGCCAACUGAGAAACCACGAAAUGUUUUCUGCAGCAUAUCAAACCAUUCCAAUUAAAAUAUUUGCAAAAGCAUUUGUACAUUUUCUCUUCAGUUUGCAUUACAUUGUUGCUGUUAACUGCUGCUAAUUUGAAAAGAAUGUUUUAAAGUUGUUUGUUAGGAACACUAUUUUUUCACAAACUUCAUAACUUAAUGGAAUUUAAUUAUCUAGUUAACACUUCAUGUUUUUUAAAUCAUCACUUUUGAGACAUGUGGAUGGUUUAAAAGCAACAUAGGUAUUAAAUCAUAUUUAUAUACAGUUUAAACAAUGUGUGUGUCUUUUAAUUGAAACAAAGAUUGGGAAAUAGUAUCUCUACAGUCUCGAACAUUAGUAGCACAAAUUGAUUCCUUGAUCGAUACAUUGUUAUUGCAAAGAGCAUUCAACCAAUGUCUUCGACAUUUUUGCCAUGAGUAACUUUCUUAUACAUUCAAUAAAUUUUAUGGAAUACCUAUGUUAUCAUUCUUCUUUUUAUAAACACCCUUAGAAAGAAAGCGUCAGAAUUUUGUAAACAUUUCGUGUAGUUUUGCAAGUGUAUAGAUAAGAAUGAAGAGACAUAUUUGAAUUGCAAAUUUAUAUAUUUAUUAAUAAAAUAUAUAUUUACAUAAAAUAUA